GGCUGCUUCACCUACUGUGACGUCACAUGAUUCCUGAUCGCGGUGCUGCAGGUCCUUCAGGAGGAGGGAGAGAGUUCAUCAUUUUACUUCUGCACCCAGAGAAGCAACAAGCAACAGAGAGAGAGAGAGAGAGAGAGAGAGAGAGAGAGAGAGAUGGAGAUCCAGAGAGAAUCCACACCGACGCCUGAGGACGACGACAUGGAGAUCAUCACCAUCUACAUUAACAGAGAAUUCAUGAAGCAGGUCCAGGACUCGCCGGGGAGCGCCAACGUCCGUCUGUCCGAUAGUGUGGACGAGAAGGUUGGGGUCACUAAGUCCACCAUCAGCGUCAUGUCAGAGGAGCUUAAUGUGGCCUCCUCCCUGCUGACCGACUCCGUCCUGGAUGAGGACGAGGUGACCAACGUCCCCCAAAUUAAGGACGAGAAGGUUGGGGACGCUGAGUCCACCAUCAGCAUCAUGUCAAAGGAGCUUAAUGUGGCCUCCUGUCAGCUGACCGACUCCGUCCUGGAUAAGAUCAAGGUGACCAACGUCCCCCAAAAUAAGGACGAGAAGGUCGGGGGUGCUGAGUCCACCAUCAGCAUCAUGUCAAAGGAGCUUAAUGUGGCCUCCUGUCAGCGGACCAACUCUGUCCUGGACGAGAUCAAGGACACUUUUGGUCAAAAGGAGAAGAGUGAGAAAUCCACCAUGACUGACCCGAUACCAGAAAUCGAUCCAACCUGCAGGAAGAUCCUGGUUCAGCCGGUAAAGAAGCUGCCCGCUGAAGCUCCAGCUAAAGAAGCAAUCUGCACUGCAGAAAAGAUGAAGAAGAAGAAGAAGAAGGACCAGAUCCUGGGAUUCUUCAGAAGAUCCUGGCAGACCACGAAGAGGAUCUUCAACAAGAGAUCAAACAUGGAGAUCGUUACCAAGCAGGUCCAGGACUCACUGGGGAGCACCUACGUCCACCUGCCCAAUAGUGUGGAAGAGAAGGUUGGGGUCACUAAGUCCAGCAUCAGCGUCAUGUCAGAGGAGCUUAAUGUGGCCUCCUCCCCGCUGACCGACUCUGUCCUGGAUGAGGAUGAGGUGACCAACGUCCCCCAAAAUAAGGACGAGAAGGUUGGGGGCGCUGAGUCCACCAUCAGCAUCAUGUCAGAAGAGCUUAAUGUGGCCUCCUGUCAGCUGACCGACUCCGUCCUGGAUAAGAUCGAGGUGACCAACGUCCCUCAAAAUAAGGACCAGAAGGUCAGGGGCCCUGAGUCCACCAUCAGCAUCAUGUCAAAGGAGCUUAAUGUGGCCUCCUGUCAGCAGACCAACUCUGUCCUGGACGAGAUCAAGGAUACUUUUGGUCAAAAGGAGAAGAGUGAGAAAUCCACCAUGACUGACCCGAUACCAGAAAUCGAUCCAACCUGCAGGAAGAUCCUGGUUCAGCCGGUAAAGAAGCUGCCCGCUGAAGCUCCAGCUAAAGAAGCAAUCUGCACCGCAGAAAAGAUGAAGAAAAAGAAGAAGAAGAAGAAGGACCAGAUCCUGGGAUUCUUCAGAAGAUCCUGGCAGACCAUGAAGAGGAUCUGCAACAAGAGAUCAAACAAAGUUUCCCCCCUCUAAUUUCCCCACAAUCCCCCAAAUGAUAUUCCCUCCUCAGCUAUAUAGCACAUUCUCAGACAAUUCUCCAUGUAAGAUCAUUUUGGUGAGGAGCAGAAGAUUCAGAACUUAAACCAGCUUUUUCACCUUCAGGACUUCAGCUUUUAUCGACGUGAAAAUGCCGUUCCCUUUACCAUCCGCCUGGCACUGCUGCGUUCUGCCCCAUGUUGGUCCCUACAGACCUGGACCGGUCCAUCUUGUUCCCUCUUGCUCCCUCUUGCUUCUUGGCUGAGAGCUUCGUGGUUGAGAGCUCCGGUGUACCGGAAUGUUCUCCGGUGCUCUUAGGGUCGGGGUUGUCUUAAACUUCUCUGUGCAGGAUACGAUCGCUGUUCCACAGACUUGGUUCCAUCUUGGUACCAGAAGUCCUCAUGAUACCAGAGUCUGUGGUUCCUGGUAGAGAUGGGAGGAUCGAUCGGCUAUGUAUCGAAAUCGGCCGAUUUUUUAUCAAAAUAUGCGAUCGGCCGAUAUUUCCUAAAUUCAGCAGAUCCGAUCGUGUGAUAUACAAACAUCAUCUCCAUGUUAAGCUUAACAGCUCAGUGGAUUGAUCCAGACAUUGAGCUACAAAGCUCCAACCAUCGUAUCACCAUUCAACAAACAUCGCACUUUACAACCUAAAAUAACAUAAUUAACGUUGUGCAUCAUACAUACGAUGGAAUUUUGCCGAUUGAAAUAUUUACUUUAAAAAGAUAAUUCAACCCGACCCCAUCUAAGUCAAUUCUAUGAGCACAUUAUAUGAACUCGUGGUUCACUUUGGUAAAUCGUAAGCGGUUCUUGCUUUUGAUGUAGAUGAGAGCAGAAAACGUUACAGAGCCAAUCGGAGGCAAAAGUUUAUUAGUUACUAAGUUGGUUAGUUCAGGAUCAUUUGCAGUGACUGACAGAAAACUUUUAGCUCCACAGACAGAACGACUCUGACUCGGUUACCGCUCUGUGGUAAUAGCGGUUUAAUGAAGCUUUUUAAUGUAAGAGAGUCACACAGAAUGUUCUGUAGUAGCUGGUGUUUAUUUAAAACCACGACAUUAAUUAAUUAAUUAAUUAACACGGAGAGAUAACUGAGAAGAGAAACGCUUCGCAUAAAAUGAAUCGACUCGUGAAUCACUUAUAUCAAUACUGCGAACAGAUCGUCUCUCUUAAAGACACACACACACACACACACACGUGGCAGCAUUUGGCACCGGUUUAUCUUCACUGUUUCCCUAUUUCAAGUUUUUUUCAGACUGAACUGGAUAACAUUAAACCUGCGUGUGUGGUCAGUUAGACUAAUGAAAUAUGUCUCCUGUGGGUGAAAAAAUAAAUUGCUUUAGUUUAAAAAGUAAACCCCCCGUCAACCCCCCCCCCCAAUCCGAAUCGGCUAUCGGCCUAUCACCCUCAAAGAAGAUUAGAGAUCGAAAUCGGUGCCAAAAACCCUGAUCGGUACAUCUCUAGUUCCGGGUGCUUCUGAGAACUGUUGGUUGCUCGUGGUGGUGGUGUUGGAUUUCAGAAGGAAUUCUGGGACUUUGUGAGCUGAGCUUGAUCAUCUUAGAUGUUGGGCUCCCCCAGUACCAGGAUUCUGGCUUCAACACCUCAAGUGUUGGAUUUCUGAAGGAAUUCUGGGACUUUGUGAGCUGAGCUUCAUCUUCUUAGAUGUUGGGCUCCUCCAGUACCAGGAUUCUGGCUUCAACACCUCAAGUGUGGGAUUUCUGAAGGAAUUCUGGGACUUUGUAAGCUGAGCUUCAUCUUCUUAGAUGUUGGGCUCCUCCAGUACCAGGAUUCUGGCUUAAACACCUCAAGUGUUGGAUUUCUGAAGGAA